AUGGCAAUGCCUAUCGGUGUGUUUAUCAGACGAAAACGUGUUUGCUUGAUUGGUCUUGGCAAUGGACCCCCUAGAAUGGGCAUGACAAAGGCGGAACUGGCCACGACGGGAUUGUUCCUGGACUUGACGGCAGUGCUGAUGAGAAAGGACGAGAUGGCAAUUGCACAAAUAGGUUGUCAGAAUGGUGCAUUCCUAGGCACACCUGGCUCAAUGGUUUAUGGGCUCCAUGUCGAUAUUGAAGCUAAAAACGGGCGGCACGGGUCAAGGUUUCGGUGGGCACACGAGUGGUGCAUGGUGUGGCCAUCCUGCCGAAGUUCGGGCAAGUUUUGUCGUCAGAUUCACGGAGUGAGGUAG